AAAUGACGUCCUUUCGUGUCUUCUUUCCCGCGGCCCUUCUCGUGCUGAACCUCCCUCGGGUACUUCUGUGCCCACUUUUUACGCUGGUCAACAUCAUUUGCUAAGCGACAGGCUGUCGUGGAGCAGCGUUUCGAGGCUCCUCAUUUGAGGACAAUAUUUUCGAAGAUGAUGAGCAGUUACCUGACUUGUCACUUGACGAUAUUUUCGAAGAUGAUGAGCAGUUACCUGACUCACCAGACGACCUUGCAGCUGCAGACUUUCUGGAUCCACGUUCUGGGGAUGCCUACGAUGAUACUCACGCUGAUGAUCACGCUGAUGCCCACGUUGAUGCUGUAGCUCCAGCUGCUGAAGCUGAACGCGUUCCUGCAGACGCUUGCCUGUUAUGUUUAAGGUUCUGGAGAAUUGAGUGCUUCUGCUAUCAGUGUCAAAGUAGAAAGUAGAAAUAUAACUCAAGAAAGUUAGUACUUCGUAGAUGGAUCAUGACCAAAUACUACUAUAAAAAAACUACCAGAAGAAGACAACUUCGACGAAGAUAUGGCAGCAUCGUCGUGGGAUUUCUUGACUCCUUCUACACACAUCCCACAUCGUCGUGGGAUUGCUCUAGUACCAGUAGGUGUCUAACCUCAAUUGUCACCGCAGAUGAAGGGACGAGAACCCCUCGAACACGAAAGCUUCUUUCUUUUCUACGACGACCGGCUAGGGCUACUUCAGCUUUGCAACGAAAAAAUACUCUUGUUUCUAGAAGAGUACGAACUCGCGGAGAUUUACGGAAGUUGCCUCAGGCUCAGGGUUUAUGAUGCUGGUUUUUUAUCUUUUUCAUGAGGAUCAUGCUCAUGAUCAUGAUCAUGAUGGUGUCAUUGUCAUAAGUUGUAAUGACGUUGAUAUUUUCGUGCGCACCGAAGGUCUACGUCCUCGUUUAGUAUGCAGCAUUGUAGUUGUCAUUUCUAAUCUUCGCAAAAUUCUAUUGCCCCUCUCUGGCUCCCAUCUGCGAAGAAGAUGAUACACAGGAAAUGAUAUCUUUUGCAGAUUCCCUUUCUCAUCAAGAUGAUCAUGACGAUGACGAGGAGUAUCCUACUUGCUGGUCUCCCAUUCGUGAAGACUACAACAUCGACGACAUCGAAGGCCAGGUCGAAUUGGAGGAGCAAAUAAGACGGACUGGUGCAGCGUCUGUACUAUCUUCUAUCAUCAAUCAACAUCAACAUGAUCAUGCACGUGGUGCUGGCCGAAAAGUAGUAGAUCCAAAAAGAGUUCCGUCAUGUCUGAGUCUGGUUCCCCCUCCAUCAUACGAUAACCGCGCCACCGCCAGCGCCAGCUCCUCCUCAACAAGAACGGCCGGACCCUCCUCUGUCCCAAUUGUCACAAUCGCGGACGACUUUCAUGACGUCAGAAGAUUGCACGUGGACCUGCUCGAUUACAUCACAGAUCCUCCAGCUUUAGAAGAACCUGACUUACGCCACGGACAUGGUGCAGAACAGCCACGACCACCACGGAUGUCUAUGACUCCUCGUACGGCCAACGUUACUAGGUCUAGGAGCGUCUUGAUGUGCGGGCAUGCUGAUCACGAUGAACGUCAUGAUCUCCAGCAGCCAAUUGCAGCAGAAAUAGACGAUGACGUUGAUCAUGUUGGGCAUACGCUACACGAGCCUGCUUCGCAGGAACCACUACGACCACCACGGAGGAAUAGAAGAAUAACCGACAUUGAAGUCGGAACCAUUAAGAUGGCAACGGUUGCAGAAGCUGUCAUAUUUGCGAAUGGGCGUGAUUUAAUGCUUGACGGGAGACUAUGAUUAUGAAGAAAAUGCUGGACCAUGCAUGUGGUCUUGCGAAGUAGAAGUCUUGUUCGUGGUUUAUUUCGAAGUACGUCAGUAGUUCGUGUAAGUAAGUUGAAAACGAAAAAUAAUAAUUCUUCCUCCCGACUGUGUUCGUUCUGAUUAUUUAUUUUCCUUGUGCAGUAGUACAUACUGUUAUUUUCCUUGCGCAGGGUUAGUUCUUUGUCCGUUGAUUUAUCACCGUCUAGAAAACACUCACAUACUGAACACUUGAUAACUUCUUCAUGGAGGAGGUCAAGUGGCAUUUCGAUUUUGCAAUUUUGUUUAAUUGAUCGCCCCCAAAGAGACCCUACGGGCAGAAGCAGAUAACCCUCUUAGAGAGAGAGAGAACUCAUCCAUAGUUAAAGAACCUUUAAUACUCAAAAAUGAUCUUACAAAGAUGACCAUCUCCGCAUAAAUCAUGUGCAUCAACUGAAUUUUCAUGCGCACUCCUAUUUUCCUAACCCUUAUGGGUAUGGGUUUUUUUAUCAAACCUAGUUGUCUCUCUUAAAAAUACUUGUGAUGUAGUUGUAGGCUAGGUGUAUUAGAGAUGUUCUAUCGUUACCUCAAGUUGAGCAUGCUAAUAAUUGAUUGCGAAAAGGCAGCUGUAGGAGGAUUUUUUUAUUCCAGUUUCAGUCCAACAUCUUUUUGUCGUUAUCCCAGCACUAGGUGGGAUGUUUCUGUCAU